AUGAGUUCUGCUAUUCCAAAAAAAGGUAGCGACGUUGCAAAUGAAAAAUUACGUGAAAUGGGUGCUGGUACAGCAAUGGGAUAUCAAGGUGGUUCAGCAAAUAGUGAUACACAAUCAGUAAAAUCCAAUGAUCGUGUUAAUUCUUCAUUGGCUGGUGGUAUGACUAUUGGACCUCCAAUCGAUGGUAAAACAAUAACAAAAUGA